AUGAGGACCCCUCUCCUACUACCGGCAUCCUUAUGUCUGCUAAUCCGCACCUCUCUCGCUGUGACGAACGACUUCUCGGCCUACCCGAGCGAAUCUCAGGACUGCCUCUACAGCUCUGCCUCUACAGCUGGCUGCACCGAGGGUGACACAGGAGCCACGUUGAACUCAUGUCUCUGCUCGAACAGGGGCAACUUCGUUUACAACACGGCGAAAUGUGUCGCCAAGGAAAGCCCGAGCGAUUUGGAGACGGUAUACGCGACGCUGGAAAAUAAUUGUGCUGGGACUGGGAAUACAAUUGCGGUCUCACACGAUGCCUUCAUGGCGCAAGCCGCUGCGGCAACUGCGUCGACUUCGACCACAGCAACGAGGACGGGGAGCGCAUCAGCCACAUCCUCCACCACGAACCCUACGAAUACUGCGGAUGGCUUGUCUACAGGGGCAAAGAUCGGAAUCGGAGCAGGGAUUGGAUUCGGUGCGAUAGCAGCAAUCCUCGCUGGUGUCUUCCUCUGGAUCUACCGACGCCGGACGAAUCAAAACAAGAAAUACGAACAAGCCCAAGAUCAAACACCACCGACCGAGUACGCCAGCACCUGCGGGCAACCAGCCCAACUUGAAGGUACGGAGCUCAGCAAAAUACAACAGCAGCCGCCGCCCUCGCCAGCCGCAGAUGGGGGCUACUAUGCAGACCCCAAGAAGAACUCGGUCCAGGCCGGGCAGCCACUGCUGGCAGAGCUGGGAAACACGGGAGUUCAGGCGCCAGUGGAAUUGUCAGCGGAGGAACAUCCACGUGCACAAUAUGGACAACAACAAAACUUGAGUCCGAAUCCCGUCGGGUUGCCUUCGGAAUACGACUCGCAAUAUUCCCCUUCCCAGUAUACUCCACAGACAGGAAACCCUUCGCCUACCUCGCACUUUGGGCGCAGUCCUAUCUGA